CAAAUAUCGGAAGGCGGAGGCCAUAUUUCGGUAGGACAAGAUGUUGGAGCCCAGCUCGAGCGAGGAGGAGUCGGAGCCCGAGGUUGUUGAGAACACCGAGGUCUUAUCCAUCCCGGACGGCGGGAGUGGAUACGGGGGAAGUCAGCAGAGCGGCAUCGGCAGCAGGCGCGAUGUCUCCCCGGGCAGCGACAACUCUCUGGCCGCCGGAUCCAGCUCACGGUCCGAGUCCAUCCGGCCCUCCUCCCCCUCUCCUUCGAUUGUCAGCGAGAAGGAGAAGGAAGACCUUGAGAAGCUGCGGGAGGAAGAGGAGGAGAGGAAGAGGAGGCUGCAGCUCUAUGUCUUUGUCUUGAGAUGCAUCGCGUACCCCUUCAACGCCAAGCAGCCCACGGACAUGGCCCGCCGACAGGCGAAAGUCACCAAGCAGCAGCUCCAAACCAUCAAGGAGCGGUUUGGCUCGUUCAUUAAUGGUGACACGCAGAUCGUGGCAGACGAGGCGUUCUGCAAUGCCGUGCAGAGCUACUACGAGGUCUUCCUAAAGAGCGAUCGUGUGACGCGAAUGGUGGCCUCGGGCGGGUGCUCGUCCCACGAUUUCAGGGAAGUGUUCAAGAAUAAUAUUGAGAAGAGGGUGCGCGGCUUGCCUGAGAUCGAUGGGCUGAGCAAGGAGACUGUGCUAAGCUCGUGGAUGGCGAAGUUCGAUGCGAUAUACCGCGGUGAGGAGGACCCUCGGAAGCAGCCGACGCGGAUGGCAGCGGCGGCUGCAUCCGAGCUGAUCCUCAGUAAAGAACAGCUGUACGAGAUGUUCCAGCAGAUCCUGGGAGUGAAGAAGUUCGAGCAUCAGCUGCUCUACAACGCCUGCCAGCUGGAUAAUGCAGAUGAGCAGGCAGCGCACAUCAGGAGGGAGCUGGACGGGAGGUUGCAGGCAGCUGAGAGGAUGGCAAGGUUCGUAGUUGGGUCCAGAUGCAGAAAGGCCCAUGUGAAUCGACAGUUUCCCAGGUUUGUAGUAAAGGAGAUGGAGACAAUGUAUGUGGAGGAGCUGAGGAGCUCCAUCAACCUGCUCAUGGCCAACCUGGAGAGCAUGCCCGUCUCCCGGGGCAACCAAGACUCCAAGUACUCCAUACAGAGACUUAAGAGGGCGCAGAACUCUGCAAUCUCCAUGUUGGAAGUUGCAGAUGACACAGAAUCAGCACUCUCCAAAUCAGAUGUAGUCUUGUCAUUCACACUAGAGGUGGUAGUGAUGGAGGUUCGAGGGCUGAAGUUUUUGGCCCCCAACAAAAUAGUUUAUUGCACCAUGGAGGUAGAUGGUGGGGAAAAAUUACAGACUGACCAGGCAGAAGCAUCCAAACCCAUGUGGGACACUCAAGGUGACUUCACCACCACACAUCCACUACCUGUAGUCAAGGUCAAACUGUACACAGAGAGCACGGGGAUGCUUAGUUUAGAGGACAAAGAACUGGGGAGGGUUGUAUGCAAACCGACAGCAACCAGCCCAAAGCACCCAGAAUGGCACACUAUGAGUCCUGCCAAGGGCAUUCCAAACGAAAUCAAAGUCAAAAUGGCCGUCAGAAUGGACAAGCCACAGAACAUGAAGCAUUGUGGGUACCUCUAUGCAUUAGGCAAGACAGUGUGGAAGAAAUGGAAGAAGAGAUACUUUGUACUUGUGCAGGUGAGCCAGUACACCUUUGCAAUGUGCAGCUAUCGCGAGAAGAGGGCGGACCCCAGCGAGAUGAUGCAGUUGGACGGAUACACAGUAGACUAUACAGAACCUGUGCAUGACCUGGAAGGGGGCAGGCACUUCUUCAACGCGGUGCGGGAGGGUGACAGCGUGCUGUUUGCCAGUGAGGAGGAGUCAGACCGGAUGAUGUGGGUUCAGGCCAUGUACCGUGCCACUGGCCAGUCCCACAAGCCGGUCCCUCCCACCCAGGUCCAAAAGCUGUCCAAUGGCCAGCUCUCCCGUAUUCAGGGAGGUGGGUUGGACGGGCACAUUUCACUCUUCUACGCGGACCGAGCGCGGAAACACGGGAUGGACGAGUUCAUCCAGGCAGACCCCUGCAAGUUCGACCACCAGGACCUGUUCGAGAUGGUGCAGAGGCUGACACUGGAUCACAGAUUGAACGACUCCUACUCAUGUCUGGGUUGGUUCAGCCCAGGACAGGUUUUCGUACUAGAUGAGUACUGUGCCCGAUACGGGGUGCGAGGCUGCCACCGACACCUCUGCUACCUGAAUGAUCUUCUGGGGAGGGCAGAGAAUGGAACCAUGAUUGACCCCACCCUCAUGCACUACAGUUUCGCCUUCUGCGCAUCUCACGUGCAUGGGAACAGACCAGAUGGUAUCGGCACAGUGACUUAUGAAGAGAGGGACAUUUUUGAAGAUAUCAAGGAAAGGCUGAGGUGCUUCUUGGAAAAUCAAAUCUCAAACUUCAGGUACUGUUUCCCUUUUGGAAGACCAGAAGGUGCAUUGAAAGCCACAUUGUCUCUGCUGGAGAGGGUGAUGAUGAAGGACAUAGCCACGCCAGUCCCACCGGAUGAAGUUCGUGCCGUCAUCAAGUCCUGUAUGGAGAAGGCCGCCCUCAUCAACUACACCCGCAUCUCCGAAUACGCUCGCAUCGAAGCUCAAUCUGGAAAAGGAGGAGUCCCCGCCACCAAACCGGCAGGGGACCAGGAUAGUCAAAGUUCUGUCUCCACAACAGACAUGCAGGGAGAGGAGGUUCCCACCAAGAAGCGUUUGGAUGAUGUCAUCCGUCUGGCAGAGCUUUGUAUUGACGUGUUACAGCAGAAUGACGAGCAUUAUGCAGAGGAAGGGAAAGAGGCAUUUGCCUGGUUCUCAGACCUGUUGGCUGAACACAAGGAAAUCUUCUGGUCAUUAUUCCAAGUAGACAUGGAUUCAGCACUUGAAGUUCAACCCCCCGACUCUUGGGAUAGCUUCCCACUCUUCCAACUCCUCAAUGACUACUUAAGACAGGACGAAAACCUGACCGGCGGGAAAUUCCACAGCCACCUCCGAGAGACAUUUGCCCCAAUGGUGGUGCGUUACGUCGACCUAAUGGAGUCCUCGAUAGCGCAGUCCAUCCACAAGGGCUUCGAGCGGGAAACGUGGCUGCCGCAGGGCGUGAACCUUGGAUUACCCGAGGUACCAGUAGACAUCCCCAUGCUUGGGGCAAGUAAUGGUUGUGAGACCAGUGAAGACGUUCUGUGGAAGCUUGAGGCUCUGCAGAACUUCAUUAAGGAUCUCCACUGGCCCGAGGAGGAGUUCGGGAACCACUUGGAGCAGAGACUGAAGCUGAUGGCAUGCGAUAUGAUCGAAUCGGCCAUUCAAAGGACUCAGAAGUCUUUUGAGAACAGGCUGAAGCGAGGACGAGACAGCCCAGACUUCAGGAUGGCCGUAGAGGCCUGCACCAUGAUUAACGUAGUGUUUGACGCUAAGAAAAAGUCCACCCAGCUGUGCUUCUACAAGAGCCCGGAUGGACAGCGGCACAACUACCACACCAAGAUCGAUGACUUCCUGGAGAAGGUCUAUAACGAGAUGAUUAGCACCCUGGUGGCAAAGAUGGUGACAGUGGUGGAGAGUGUCCUAGCCAAACUAGCCAGGUAUGACGAGGGCACGCUCUUCUCAUCCUUCAUGAACUUUGGAGCAUCGCUCCGGCAGAAGGCGCAGAAUAUCACCGGCAAGGAGACCCCAGGGUUAGAGCUGGCAGACUCCUACAUGUACUUUGUGCGCAUCAACCAGGAUAUCCUGAGAGACAAGGUUAACGAUGAACUCUGGACGCUCAAAGCUUUUGAGCAAUGGUAUGUAGCAGCGAUGAACAUCAUUGCUGAUUGGCUGAAGGAGCGGCAGGACAUCCAGCUGCACAUCUAUCAGCUCAUCACUCUCAUGAGGAUGUCCAAGAAAAUGUUCCGUGACUUUGAGCUGCAGGGAGUCAUGCCAAACACAAUCAACUGCGAUUCAUUUCAAACCGUGAAGAAGCGGCUCCUUAUGGAGGAGUCCUUCCACGCAAUGUCAGAAAACGCCCACCAACUCAACGCUGCUGACUCUCUCAGAGAGGACGACACUGAUGACGAGGAUAUGUAAGGGCGACUCUCAUUGGUUGACGCAGUUACAAGACUCAAUGUGAUUGGCUGCAGCAAAGACAAAUCACCAAUAGCAUUACUCAAUGUGGUUUUGGACGUAUUGACAGGUGUCUAAACAAGAGAGUGGCUCUGAUUGGUCUCAUGCAGUGUAUGUUAGAUAUCUCAUUGAAUGUGAGCAGCUCUGAACUAUUUCUGGUUGGUUCAUGAGCUUGGCACCAGCCAAUCAGGGCUCUGCUUGAAACUGGACACAUUUCCAUGUAGUGCAUUGUCAGAUGUCUGUGUUACAAAAAUUGUAGUUGUUGUUAAACAUAUGUGUCUGUACAAGCUACAAAGCAAUCAAUUCUUAAAUGUAGAGAGACUGUCCUAUGCAAUGUUAUUGUUAUAGACUUCUAAUGUCCAAAACUGAAUUAGACAGGCUCUAUUUUAGAAAUGCCACAAUGUUUCUUGUUACAGAGUUGGCAGGCCCCAGCACUCUAGACUAACACUUUGGCAAGAACUUCACAUGUAAUAGUGUUGGGACUAAAGUUUUUUUUACCAUAGUGUAUAAUUAUGUUUCAUAUUAUAAAGUUGAACACAUUUGUAAACAGAAGUCUUUUCAGCUCAAUAUCUUUUCUGAUGUUUCACAAAGGAAACACUCUCUAGAAACUUGUUUUAGACCAAAAUCUUCACAUAACAGAAUGAGAUUUGCCUGUUGAUGAUGUCAAAAUGAUGAAACAUUCUGAUGUGUGCGAAAUUUCAGUUGCAAUAGAAAACAGAGAAUUGUUUCUUUUUUGUUGCUGUUGUUGGUUUUGGAGAGAAAUCUUAGCCAGUGUGCCAUCCUACAGGGGGAGUAGGAUGACCCAGUUAUCUAUAUAGGAAGGCACCCAGGCUGGUCAGUAAUCUAGCAAGGAAAUGUGAAAACUGCCACUCCAAGCAACUCAAAAAAGUAAUUGGAACAUAUGCCAUGACAAGUGGAAUUUGUUGCCAUUUUGAGAAAAAAAGUGUUAGUUUUGAGUGCUGGCUACGGCGUGACACAUUUAUUAAAUGUAUGGAAGGGCUUCAAGGGUGAACUCCAUGGAGGUUCAGGUUUCUGCAUCUUGUGCAGAAAGGACCAGAAAACUUGGCAACAGAUUCAUGGAGCAAGGAUUGUAGUUACACAUGUGGGGCGAUGCACUGGGCUUGGUGUGCACAAGAGCUAAGAAUUCUGUUUUAUGUUUGGGAUCUUGUCGCCAUUAUUGCUUUUGCAUGUCCAACCAAAUGAAAAGAGAUUACCAGUAAAUGGUGUUUAUAUGACAAAUGUAAAUUUGGUGCAAAAGCUACUAAAUAUUUAAAUACCCAUGAACUCCAACUUUUUUUUACAAUUUUUUAAAUAGCAAUCACUUCUGAAGCUUCAGGAGCGUGUUAAUUUUUUAACUGUUUAAAGGGAACUUCUGGGUUUUAUAGUGAAGACAACAUUCACCAUCAUUCUUUAAUUCAGUUGUCAUAACAACAAUAACACAUCUGUUACUUUCCAAGUAAAUGUUUUUUCAUCCUCUCAAAGUUUGUUUUAGAUGAUUUAAUUUUUUGUGACCCAAUUUGAACAAAUUUGUUGCAUUUUUUUGUAAAUUCCAAUUUGUAGUGUUAUCAAUCUUUCAUCAUAUUUUGUCCACAGUCGACAAGUGUUUUGAAAGUGUUCAUACUGAAGUGGUAUAUUUUCAAGCUUCAGUUGGGCAACGAUGAGACAGGUUUUAAAUCCGUACUGGAAAACAGCCCAAAAUAAGAUUUUUGCAGGGCAAAGAUGUUUUUAUUUCCUUUUUAUUAUCACUUCAUAGCCCUUUGUCAGUUGUGUACAUGCAUGGAUUUAUGUACAGAGCCAUUAUAAGCUAUAAAAGAUUAAAAUGAAAUGAGAAAACAUGCAUGUCAUAGAAACUUAAGUUCAAAUUCUUCUGUAAAAUGUAUGACAAAUGUUUGUUAAUCAGGACAUUUGGCAUUAGUAUGUCAUCAUAACUUUAUGAGGUAUUUUAUCAACAAAAGGUUGUUUUAGAUCCACAUGGAUGUUUAUGUCCAUUUUGUCCAUUUUAUUAAAUCAACGUCUUUAGCAUGGAGCAAACCAAAGCUGUAGAUGUAGCCAUGAAGUUGUACAGCAGUAUCUUGUUAUCAUGCUCUUGUAACUAUUAUAAAAGUAUGGAGAUGUUUUAGAUACCAUAUAUUAUACUAGACCUUAUGAAUAACUUGAAAAUUGUAUGUUAUGUAAUAUUAUGUUGAUAUCACAAUUUUAAAUGUCACAAUUUUAUUUGUAAAUAGACUGAAGAUACAUCAUCAUGUAAAAGUUACAAAAGAGAUUUUACUUCAGUCAUACAAUGCAGUUAUUCUGUAAAGUCACAAUAUGAAGAAUACUGCUUUUAAAAGAAUUCCUGCACAUUAUGUUUGUACAGAAUAAUAAUGGUGCAUCUUUAGAUAUCUCCGGACUAAAGCUGACUUAUUCUAGGAUGUACAAAAUUUAGCUGUAGCCUUUAGAAUAUAUAGCAAGUACACUUACCGUUCUCUGCUGUGUUAUGUUAGGAUUGUUAAAGGAGUGAGGAGGCUUGUUGGCAGGUAGAAAUAUUUCCACUGUGCUUCACCCAUGUCUGAGGGGUUAGUACAACUACAUAUUUCUCUUAUUCGUAUUUCAUACUCCAAAAAUAUUUAUUUGUAAGACUCCUUGCAAAUGAAUAAGAAAACUACAGCCAUUUUUACAUCCAGAAUCAGUCGACAUACAACAUAUCCUAAUUUCUUUAACAAGUCAUCAUCUACACUGUUUUAUUCAUUUUGUUUGAAUAGCAAAUGAUUGUUGAAAGAUCGGCCUAAAGAUGUACAUUCACAGCUACACUUAGAGUUUUAACCCUUAAGACCAUUUUGUAAAAUAACUGCCCACAUGCAUGGGUGAACCAUUGCUGGUGAACAUGUUUUUUACUGACUGUAGACAGGAACGCCGACUGUAGAGUUGUUGACUGUGGAGACGUCACAUCACCAAUGGUGCUAGAGUUGCAGUAGGCCAGGAGUAGAGAGGGUCCAUGUAAAAUAUGAAAAUCCAGAGUUCUAAAUAUGCCUGUUGUAGCUCUUAGAACAAGAGCUCACAUCUGUGUUGGGGUUUACAGAUAUAGCACAAAGGUGUUAAGGUUUGAUCUAAUACAAGGGGUGUUAUAUGGUUAGUGGAACAGUUACAAUUGUAUUUCAAUGUGUGCUAGAGCUUAGAUUUAAAAACAUUUUGCACUAUGCCUGUUGUAGCUCUUAGAAUGAAAAGAUUCAUCACGAAAGACAAGUUUCUAUGGCCAUGGUGAGUGUCCCUUUGCAUUGGAUCAAACAAAAAAACUUUGUACUAUGCCUGCUGUACCUUUUAUUCUAGUACAUGUGAAGCACUCUGAUCUGUACUGCAUCAUGUCCAUGUAUUACUGUACACAGUGUCAACAGGCAGCUGACUUUAGCUCUUUUUCUGAGUUUAAUUUUGUCUGUAGUUGUUAGAGUAGUUUGAUGUGAACGUUUGUAGCCUCUAGAUGCCCACGUGUCUCCACUGUCAGCUAUGGUGGCUCAUGAAAAGUGCUGAAACUAGACGUCAGCCUGUACAUACAGACCUUAUGGAGAAGGUGAACACUACUCGAUAUUUAUUGUAGAAAUUCCGUUUUUGUAUGGCAAUCUUGGUAUAUCUGUGUCUGUAUAUGGCUAUUGGUGCAUUAAAGGUAUGCAACACUU